UAGGCUCUUUUUUUCUUCGGUCUUUGUCUGACACGUUGUCGAGGCAAAGUUGCUGCUGAAAUUUUUGCAUUAAUUUAAAGUGCAAAACACAAAAUGGGUUUCGUCAAAGUAGUCAAGAACAAGCAGUACUUCAAGCGCUACCAGGUUAAAUUCCGUAGGCGUCGUGAGGGUAAAACCGAUUACUAUGCCAGGAAGCGCUUGACUUUCCAGGAUAAGAACAAGUACAACACGCCCAAGUACCGUUUGAUCGUGCGUUUGUCCAACAAGGACAUUACUGUACAGAUCGCAUAUGCCCGCAUCGAGGGUGAUCGUGUUGUGUGCGCCGCCUACUCCCAUGAGUUGCCCAAGUAUGGCGUCCAGGUCGGUUUGACCAACUACGCCGCUGCCUACUGCACUGGUCUGCUGGUGGCACGUCGUGUGCUCAACAAGUUGGGUCUGGACUCGCUCUAUGCCGGAUGCACUGAGGUGACUGGUGAGGAGUUCAACGUUGAGCCUGUGGACGAUGGACCAGGUGCCUUCCGUUGUUACUUGGAUGUGGGUCUGGCUCGCACCACCACCGGUGCCCGUGUUUUCGGUGCCAUGAAGGGCGCUGUUGAUGGCGGUCUGAACAUCCCUCAUUCGGUGAAGCGUUUCCCCGGCUACUCCGCUGAGAGCAAGAGCUUCAAUGCCGAUGUUCACCGUGCCCAUAUCUUUGGCCAACAUGUGGCUGAUUAUAUGCGCACUCUGGAAGAGGAAGAUGAGGAGAGCUUCAAGCGCCAGUUCAGCCGCUACAUCAAGUUGGGCAUCCGUGCUGAUGAUCUUGAGGAUAUCUACAAGAAAGCCCACCAGGCCAUUCGUAACGACCCCACCCACAAGGUCGCCGCCAAGAAGGCAGCUGGCGUUACGAAGAAGAGGUGGAAUGCUAAGAAACUCACAAACGAGCAGCGCAAGACCAAGAUUGCAGCCCACAAGGCCGCCUAUGUGGCCAAGCUUCAGUCGGAGACUGAUGCCUAAGUCUGCAUUUAAGGGAAUUAUGCUGCUCUGUUUGUAUUGGGUGUGAAAAGAAGAGAAAAUAAAUAACAAAACAAAUAUGUCCUGCAUAAUUUGUAAGUUUCUAUUAAACAAAAAACAGAAAACAACAAAA